UCUUUUAUUUUUCAUUAAAGAGACUUUGAAAUAAAGGUCUUACUAUAAAACAAGAACUCUUGCAGCUAAUGGGAUGUUGAAAUGAGAGUUUAAUCAUGCAACAUCUUUUACGAUCACCUUGUCAUUUUCCAGUCAAAACAUACAGUAAUUGCUCUUACAAUUAAUUACACUUUGCAACAUUGCCAACUUGGCCCUGAAUGUUUAUGUCCUUGUGUCACAUGGGUUAAUCCUGCAAGAAAGAAUUUAAAAAAGUUAAUUAUUGUUCAAUUUUGUCAAAUUUACUGAUGUAAAGCAAUGAGUUUACUGGAGCGUAGAUUACACUAAAUACUUUUAUUUUGAGGAUUCAUAAUCAGAUUUGUCAGAAUUUGCCAAACUACCAACCAAUCAAUCAGACAAAUACUUAAAAAGAUAUCAAAUGUUUUAUAAAACUGCAGCAAUUAUUCUUGAACGUUGCUAUUUACCGGUAGCAAUAACCAAAACAUGCACCAACAGACAUUAAAAUAUUAAAACAUCUCUCUCCACCACCAAUACUUGAUUGCAUGCUAACAAACAUAAACCUAAAUGUAUACAAGUGUGGAUUAAAGCAAGAAAUGUAGAAUAAAAGUAACAUUUUCCUCGCUGUGGUUGGUGUGUGACCAAAAGUGACUAACAGUCAGUUAACACAAGUUUUUGUUUUUAUGUGUACAGUAUGUGUUGGAAAUACACUUCUUUGUCAUGAAUAGCGAAUUUAAUAUUAGGAAAUGUGUGAAUGAUUUUCACUUUUUUCCACAUCAUUCACUACAUUGUUGGAUGGAUGGCUUGCAAAAUACAGUGGAUUUGGACAUUUGUCUAAUUGAAUGGUAAAAAUAAAAAAUAGAAAAGAAUAAUGUGGCGACUCAGAAGCACACUGUAAAAUCGCAAAUCUCCGCCAGGCCAUAUCUUCCGAUAAUAAAGAAUCUUUAAAAAAAAAAUCCUGAAUCUAUUUUAUAAUUUGGAUCAUCCCCAAAAUCUAAUCAGCUGUGCCUCAUCUCAUUUCUGACUUUUCCUUCCCAAGUUUAGCAAAAAUCCGCCCAUAACUUGUUUAGCUAUGCUGCUAACUAACAGACAGACAGACAGACAAACAAAACCCAGAAUAUGUAUGGCUAAAUAAAAUUGCUGAGUUUGUGUGUGUUAGUUUUGUUCGCCUGUCGCUCCCAAAACGGUUGCUCGAGAGUUCACUCUUUGCAGCUACAUAUGUUCUACUGUAUAGCGGAAUGUAGAAAUUAUUCAGAUCACCCUCAAAAUAUACUCACUUGAUCCUUAUCCAUUUCGGACAUUUUUAUAUAAGGUUCAUUAAAUUUUCUAGGGAUGUGAAAUUUAAGACAACUCAGCAUUAGAUUUUGAUACUUCGCGUAGAGUUUUUUUAUUUAAAUAAUUUCUCGCUGUAUAUUAUUUGGGAUAAAAUUAAUAAUAAAUCUCAGCAUUUCCAGUAAGGUCUAUUCAGGUGUACUGGAGAGGAGGCUGCGCCGGAGAGUCGAACCUCGGAUUAAGGAGGAGCAGUGUGGUUUCGUCCUGGUCCUGGAACUGUGGACCAGCUCUGUACUCUUAGCAGGAUCCUCGAGGGUGCAAGGGAGUUUGCCCAACCAGUUUACAUGUGCUUUGUGGACCUGGAGAAGGCAUUCGACCGUGUCCCUUGGGAGGUCCUGUGGCUGCGGCUGGGGGGACCCUGGCUAUGUGGGAGAAGAGACUGUAAAGGUGGAACUAUGAGUGUGAUCCUAGACCUUUCUUACAUCUACUCCAUCAUCAUCUCCUCGGUGGUGGCCAUUGUCUACACGCUCCUAGGGGGGCUCUACUCUGUGGCUUACACAGAUGUCAUCCAGCUCAUCCUCAUCUUUAUCAGCCUGUGGGUGUGUGUUCCUUUUCUGUUGACCAACCCUCACUCCAUGGACAUCUCAGUGACGGCCUAUAAUCAGAGCUUCCAGGCUCCAUGGAUUGGCAAGGUGGAGCUUAAUGAAGCUGGCAAGUGGUUUGACGACUUCAUGGUGCUGGCUCUGGGUGGAUUGGCCUACCAAGCGUUCUACCAAAGGAUCCUGUCCGCCUCAUCUUACACCCAAGCUCAAGUGACCUGCUUUGCCUCGUCAGCCUUUUGCCUGGUGCUUGGUAUCCCCUCUAUACUCAUCGGAGCUGUUGCUGCGUCUACUGACUGGAACUCAACCAUUUAUGGACUACCAACUCCAUAUGACCGUGGAGAGGCAGGUUCCAUCCUCCCCAUCGCCCUACAGUCCCUCACACCUACCUACGUGUCCAUCAUUGGCAUUGGAGCUGUAGCUGCUGCUGUCAUGUCCUCCAUGGACUCGGCCCUGCUGUCUUCUGCCUCAUUGUUCUCCUCCAACAUCUACAAGAACAUCCUCCGAAAGCAGGCAUCAGACCGUGAGAUGCAGUGGGUGAUUCGUAUCUCAGUGGUGGUUGUAGGUCUGGCUGGUACUGUCCUUACCUUCCUGGACAGCAGUGUUCUGGUCUUCUGGCUUGUGGGUGUGGACAUGUCCUUCACCAUCAUGUUCCCUCAGCUGGUUUGCAUUCUCUUCUUCAACGUGUCCAAUGGCUACGGGGCCAGUUUGGGCUUCUUAGUAGGAAUCCUCAUGAGAAUCCUAAGCGGAGAGCCCCUCAUCGGCUUGCCGCCCGUCAUCCGCUACCCCGGCUGCCGGCUGAACGCUGAAGGCACGCUCACCCAAUAUUUCCCCUUCCGCACUACUAUCAUGGUCACCUCACUGCUAUCCAUUCUGCUGUUCUCCUGGCUGGCGAGUAUCAUUUUUAACAAAGGCCUGUUGUCUGAGAAGUGGGAUUUGUACAAGAUCAAACGCAAGCAGAAAGAACCUGCAGACAAGAAGACGGGUGAAAACAAAGAAGAGGCUAAGCAGUUCAUGGACACCACCAGCUGCUGAGGUGUUUCAAAGGGAGCAGAUGAUGGGUCGUGACAGGAGGAAGACAUGCACAGAGGGCUACAGUCUUGACAUGAGAGUAACUCUACAGAAACAGUUAAUGUGUGUCACAUCCUGUACAGAUCAACAUCAACAUGUCCUCUGAACACCUUAGCAUCAGUUACCUUCUACAAAAAAAGUAAAAUGAUCAACUUAAAUCUUGUAUGACAGUAAAGAGCUCAUGAACCUGUAUAACACAUUAUGGGACUGAUUCAAAACACAGUGAACAAUUAUGACGAGCCUAAAUUAUAACAAGGCUUUGAAAUGGAAGGACUUAGCUCAUCCAUUUAAAUUCCUUUCCAUUUGGAAAGUAUUGAUACAUUUAUGAAAUAAAAUAUUUUUUCACUCUCGCAAAUUGAGAUAAUGUUCCUUUUGGGCAUAUAAAUGUUGUUCCUAGACUAGAGUGCACAAUAAACACUUUUUGGUCAUCGGUGUAAAUGAACCACAUAUUCAGUCGGACUGAAAAAUAAUGAAGUAGUUUCAGCUCCCUCUUAACGAAAUGCUCUUGUAGCAUUAAUCCAAAUUGUCACAUUAAUCAGAUAUUAAUCAUCUUCCUUGAAUGAGUUAUUGAAAUUCAGCACAAUUAGAUAAUUGUACAAUACCACAAAGAGAGCACUUCUGAUAUUGAUUGACACACGUGUUUCUAUUUUUGAUGUGUUGGAUUGUUGCUUUAUUAACAUCACAGAAAAUUAAUCUGACAGUUAUCCAAUCACCAUCAACCCAAUGAAAGGUGAGCAUGUCUAUAAUGUGAAAGCACUAUUUUGCCUCAAACAGUCGAAAAAAAACCCAGAGCCUGUUCAAAACUUGCCAUUUUUAUAUAAUUUUCAACAAUGCUGUGACAAUGAGGCAACCUCCAUCAGGUUGUCCCAUCAGGUCUGACUGCUCUGGUUGCAGUCGCUUGCUGCUAAACAAAUAUUCAAAGAGUCAAAUGUGAAAAACAAACACUAUUUAAACACACUUUUCUUCAAACUGUCAUUAAUUGAAUUCACUUUGAUGUUUUUAAAAGAUUCAUGUACAUGUAGAGAUUAAUGGAAAGGUUUAUUUUGUUAUGAUCAACCUCCAAACAUUGUGUUGUAUCAAGCACUAUGUGUAUGACAAUCUAAACAUCUAGCAUCGUACUAUUUACCAUAAUAAUCACUGGAACCUGGUCUGUGUUGUCACAUCAGUGUGUUUUUUUUUUUUGCUGGGUUCCGUAAAACAGGUGUAUACAAAUACCUUGUGGAGUAGCUCAAGAGCUCAUCACAUGAGUCUGAAAUAGUGGUCAAAAGAAGGUCAAAAUCGGUUUCUUUCCAAAGGCAUCUUGUAGAACACAAAACAGGACUAUUUGCAUGCAUCUUUUUUUACAUAGGCGUGACAUUUUUAAAUGUAUUAUACUCUUGUACAGCCUAAUCACAAUUUGUACAUUAACACAUAUUUUUGUAUCAAGGUUGAUUUGCCAUGCAUUGUUUGUUGAGGAGGAAAAAAAUACCAAUGUGUAAAAUUGUAUUGUAAUUUGUAUCUUUUGGCUAUAUCUGAAGUUAAAUUCACACUCAGUGUUGCUGAAAAAUGAAUGAAGACCUGCAAUCUCUUUAUGUUCACAUUGGCCUUAUGAUUGGCCUGCACUUUCAAAAAGUGUUAUUGCCUAUUAUUUGCUUUCAUGGUCACCACAAUCAAUACACUCUCAUGCAUCGUCACAAAUUCAGCCAGCAGUUGUCACCAAUGGGAAAUGGUGCCUUAUUGGAGCAUAUUUACGUGGUACUGUGUAUUGGUCAUUGUUGGGACAGGAAUAUUCGUUUUUCCAUUUUAGGUUGUUGAAGGUCAUUGAAGUUCUGGACUGGUUUUAAUUUCAUUAAAAAUACAAAGCUCUGUUUUUCUCCUUCCAUGUCUGUAUUUGGUUUUAUAUUUAUAUGCAUGACACUUGUCAAUGACCUUUGUAUGUAUACUGAACUUUUGCGAAGGCUGUUCCUCUCUUGCCACUUGGCAAGGUUCUACUUUGUAAUCAAUUAAUGUAAAUCCCCAUGGGGUGAGGUUCUUUAACAAUAAAAGCUAAUCUAAAAAUGUUGCUACUUUGGUUUUAUUUGCCGCAUUUGCAAGUACAUGUCUUUGGGCACAAAAAGGGAAGGGGUGAAAAUUAUAAACAUCCAAAGCAGGAUUAAUUUACUAUAUUUUUUGGACCAUAGGGCACACCGGAUU